AUGGCGACUAGGGCCAGCCCUCAUUCUCACCAGAAUGAGGAGGAUCAUUCAUCCAUGAAUGAUUUCAGGUAUUCGCUUGAUGAGGAUCAGCACGACACCCAAAAUACCUCCCCCGCAGACUCUAAAGCAUUACCUAUGCAGAAGAGGCGGCGCGUUGGCCGUGCAUGUGAUGAGUGCCGCAGGAAAAAGAUCAAGUGCGACGGCAAGCAGCCAUGCACCCAUUGCACAGUCUAUAGUUAUGAGUGCUCGUACGACCAACCUUCCAACCGCCGUCGAAACCCCACCCCGCAAUAUGUCGAGGGUCUUGAGAAUCGUCUCCAAAAGGCGGAAGCCCUUCUCCGUACCGUGCUCCCCAAUGUCAACUUGGAUGAUCCGCAAUUAGAUGUUGAAGCGCCCGAACAGCGAUUCCCUGUCGCCCGGAAGGAGAAUAAAACAACCGACAAUGCCAAACCGCUGGGGCCAGCAGACCCGGUGCCGGAUGGAGGCGAUGAAGGAUUACUGGAGACCAUGGUUGAUAAUUCAGGUUGUUUAGAUCGGGAUGACCAGGGCCAUUGGGAUUACCACGGACACACCUCGGGUGUUCUUUUUGUUCGCCGAUUGCGCAAGCAGUUGGGUGCUGCAGAGAUGCCGGCCCCAAUGGCACGAACUCGCUCCUCAAUCACCGCGCAUAUGAUUAGUCCAAAAUCUACAUCCGAGUCGCCUCAAGACACAAGCUUACCUCCGACCCACGAGCUGCCUCCGCGGGUGGUUGCGCGCCGCUUGUGCCACAAUGCAAUCGACCAUGCCUGCUCCUUGAUGCGCUUUGUGCAUGAACCCUCAUUCUUCGCAAGCCUGGAGCGCAUCUACGAUACUCCCCCAGAACAGUUCACCAACGAGGAGAAUUCCUUCCUGCCGCUUUUGUACAUCGUUAUCGCCGUCGGAUGUUUGUUCUCCGAUGAUGGAUCAGGGCAUGGUACGCUAGAUGUAUCUGGUUAUGAGGGCGCAAUCGGUCAAGGAUUCCAAUUUUUCAAGGCUGGACGGCAACUGCUCGAGAUCACUGACUGCCGCGAUCUAACCUCUCUCCAAGCAAUCUGUUUCAUGGUCCUGUUCCUUCAAUCAUCGGCAAAGUUGAGCACAUGCUAUUCAUAUGUGGGAAUUGCGCUUCGCUCGGCGUUGCGGUUAGGCCUUCAUCGCUCUGUCGCAGCAGAUUUCAACCCCAUCGAACGAGAACUGCGAAAGCGCAUCUUCUGGGUUGUUCGCAAGAUGGACGUGUACGUGAGCACGCUCCUCGGUCUCCCUCAGAUGCUGAGCGACGACGAUAUCGAUCAAGAAUACCCAAUGGAAAUCGACGGGGAGUUCAUCACGUCGGAAGGAAUCACCAAACCACCAUCCAACUAUACCCCAUUGAUGGCGGGAUGCAACGCACACACUCGUCUUUCAAAUAUUAUCUUGAAGGUGGUAAAAUACAUCUAUCCAGUUAAGAACGCUCGCUACCGAUCCAAGUCAGACCAACGAUACAUGGUCAGCCACUCCAAGAUUCGUGAGAUCGAGCGGGAUCUGCAGAAAUGGAUGGAGGAACUGCCUCCUGCUCUGCGACCGGGCACAGAAGUGUCGCCGCAGCUUGAACGUAUCCGCCAAUUGCUACGUAUAAGCUACGCUCAUGUGCAGAUGGUGAUGUACCGUCCAUUCCUCCACUACGUUUCUGGUGGCUCCCAAGCGCGCGGUGUGGACAAGCGGUCCUAUGCCUGCGCAGCGGCCUGCAUUAGUGUUGCCCGAAACAUCGUCCAUAUCACGACCGGGAUGCAAAAAAGGGGGCUGCUCAAUGGAUCUUUCUGGUUUACGAUGUACACGACCUAUUUCGCCAUCCUCUCCUUGAUCUUCUUUGUCCUGGAGAACCCAGAUUCACCCACAGCCAAGGACGGUGUUUUGAAGGAUGCCAUGGAGGGCAAGAACACUCUAGCUGGUUUGGCUAAGAAAAGUCUUGCCGCUGAUCGAUGCUCCCAAAGCUUAAACUGCCUUUUCAAGACAUUGCCUGAAAUGUUGAAGAAACGCCAGAGCUCUAAGACCCAGGCCAACCUCAAGCGACCUGCGCCAUCUAACACGGUUGUCAAUUCUGUCGAGCCUGAGCUGAAGACUUCGUUCGAGAAGACUCUACCACACCGAUCAAGUACUUUCCCCGCGCAAAUGCUGUCCCAGCCGGCUACAAAUGAUAAGCAACCCCGGCGACAGCAGAGCUUCGACAGUGUCCAGCCUGUCAGCGAUCGCUCUGCUGAUACCAGUCACCAGGCCACAUGGGUUUCAAACACACCCGAGCUCUUGACAGAAUCUAUGACUACACCAGAACAUAUAUCGAUGCCCAACCAAGAGCCCGCGAACCUAGCAUGGGCCCAGCAGUUCACCAACCCCGCCAACCUCCCAGAUCUCAUGCCAAUGAUGUUCCCCUCUGACGACCCCUUCGCAUACCCAACACAGCCCAUGUCUACCUUGGAAGAUGACCACUUCCGGCAUGACCAGGCAGGACUGCCCUCAGGACUGCCAUCGCAGUAUCCCUUCGACUCGGUGCCUGGCAUGGGCCCAGCCACACCGGGCGAUCACUCCAGUGCAGGAGUUUCUACCCCAAACUUCGACUUCACAAACAUGUCGAAUUUCCCUCUCCCAAACGCCGCUGGAAUGAAAACUUCGGUGCCAAGCCACCUCCGCCCCUCCCAUUCUCGGAGCUCAUCCCGCAUCCACUCUCCAAUCGCACAACCCCCAGCGGAGGUGCUCAGCAGUCCAGACCUGGUCUCAAUCCCCAACCAGAACUUCGCCUGGCAGGGAUAUAACUUCCAACCCAACAACCCGAGUCCCAUGGCCACCGAAUCCGUCUCACAACAACCUGAGAUGUCCGGUAACGGAUUACCUGAUUUGAGCAUGGGCAUGGAUGACAACAUGGGCAUGAACGGCAUGAACCUGGACCUGGGCAUCUCCUUCGACGACCUCUUUGGCAACAACGCCGCCUAUCGACCCAACAACGGGGCCUCUGCUGAAGAAUGGCCGCAGUGGAUGAAUGUUAACAACCCUUGA